UAAAGAAUUACUUCACGGAGAUUUGGAUAGAGAAGGGAGGUGAGCAACUGGCGUAGUCAUGGAUAAGGCCCGAGGUUGCUACUUUUUCUCUCGACUCUCAACUAACAAAUGCAACAACUCUCCCCUAAUUGUUUAAUAGGUUCACAAUUGCAGCGGCAGUCAAAGUAGCAUGGGAUCUGGAAAGCGAUAGAGCUAGAGAGAUAUGAGUGAUCUCCCUCCUGGUUUCCGGUUCUUCCCCACUGAUGAAGAGCUCGUCGUCCACUUCCUCCAUCGCAAGGCCUCAUGCCUCCCGUGCCACCCUGACAUCAUUCCCAACCUCGAUCGACGCCUCUUCGAUCCAUGGGAACUCAAUGGUAAAGCCCUGCAAGGAGGCAAUUGCCAAUGGUACUUCUUCAGCCAUGCAGCCGCCCCGAAUCGGAUCUCUCCGAGCGGAUAUUGGAUGCCGGUCGGAGCCAAAGAGACGGUAACCAGCGGAGGCAGGGCUGUGGGCAUGAAGACUACUCUCGUCUUCUACGCAGGCCAAGUCCCCGAGGGCAUAAAAACCAAUUGGGUGAUGGAUGAAUACCAACUGAUAGAUGGCGCCACCGCGCCCAACGGCAAGAGCAGCUCAUCCAUGAAGAGAGGAAGCAAGAAGAGAAGAGAUCUCAACUUGGUGGUCUGUCGAGUGUACGAGGCGAGCUUCUUCCAUGUGGAGGAGAACGAGCUUUCGUGCUUGGACGAGGUGUUCUUAUCGUUGGACGAUCUGGAAGAAAUCAGCAUGCCCAAGUAGGAUGAGUUGUCGAUCAAUCUUGUUCAUUACUAGAACACCAAGAACUGAACACUCGUGGCGAAGAAAUCAAGAACUUGCAGAUGGUCUUUUGAAUUUGUAAUUGUAGGGGUGUAAAGCUAUCGAUCGUAUGACAGUUGUUUGAAUUAGAAUAAGGUUUAAUUAAAGAUAGCUAGAACAAUUUAAAUGUACUAUAUUAUAAAUAUAUUUAUAUAUGAAGUAAUUUUGUUCUGCUUUCAGUAUUGUCUUAAAGGUGCAGUUUAAACGUGAUUAUUAUUUCUUAA